GAACAUGUUAAACGGUUCCAGCGGGUUUGCGCAGAGAAGCACAGUUACCGUCCUGCUGAGAGUUCACACAUGAUGCUUAAAAGAAUGGGACGAUUUUAUCAAUUUUAAGUUCACGUCAAUAUGCGAUUGAUUUAGCUUUUAAAGCGGAAUAACGAGUAUCUGAUUUACAUUUUUAAGAGACUUGGAAAUCUAAGGCCGUCAACAUGAGCUCCGUACUACAAUCAGUACGAUCCGUCUUGGAAAUGUUUGAUGGCAAAGCAAAACAAUUCACCAGUGAUAUAGAAAAUAUCCAUAUGGUUUGGCUUGAGGAGAUCCAACAAGAAGCCAACCGCAUGUUCCUCAGGGAUUUUAAUUUAGAACCAGAAUUGAUGCCAAAAACACCAUCACAGAAAAAGAAUCGCAGCAGGAAGCGUCUAUCAUCGCGGCAUCUGGAAGAGAAUCCUGCGAGGCGACGAUUUUCAAAGGGACGGCGCAGUAACCUUCGUGGCUCCUCUGUCAAAUCACUGAACUUCAUUGCUGAAGAGAGCAUUCCCGAGGCUUCCACCUCUCAGGCCGACACCACCAGGCAGCCUAAACGCACCACUCGCAAGAACAAACAAACAAAGUCUGAGGUGGAAGAGGAUGUGAGCUCUAAACCUGAGGAUGUUCAGAACAAGAAGCCAGAGCUGAUUGUGGUGGAAGAAAAUAACAAAGUUGACAAUGCAGAAGACAAACCUGACUACAUUUGUGGUACCGCCAAGUCUCCGACUACAGUACCCUCACCUGAAGUUGUUGUCAGCAUCGCUGCCUCGGAGCGAUUGUCUGCCGAAAAUAAUCUCAGGCCCUCUCCUGGUCGUUCAGCUGCCAAGAUUCCAAUAGCUAGCACAGUUCGAAGCUCCGGGCGCUGCACCCUCAAACUACGUCACUCUCUGGCCGGUCUGCGACACAGUAUGACACAAGAGUCUCUUCGCCGCACCUCACGCCGUUCCAUGCUGAAGAGGAAGGUGUCUCGUAUGGGCAAUUCCACAUGCAGCAGCAACGUUGAAGAGGACUCUUCUGUGGAGUCUGCUGAGGAAAUAGAGGCAAUCUCCGAAGCAGUAAGUGCAAACUCGGACGAAAAUGCUGCUGCUGAAGAAUGUGUGGAAACUCUGGAGACCCAGAUCCCGGAACUGUUUGUCAGACGCAUGACUCGAUCUGUGGCUGCAAACUCUGACACUCGGGCGACCUCAUCACUGUUUACCUCUGAACUCUCAGUGAGUACUCCAAACAAGAAAACAGCUGCAGAGAAACAACAGACGCCAGUUCUUGAGUCGCGUCUAACUAACAAACGCAAAGCACCAGAUUUUGUAGAGGAAAGUCCCACAAAGAAGAACCCUCCUCAAAAGAGAAGCCAAAGUGCAAUGAAACCCAACAUGAGGUCUUUUCUCCACACUGUGCAGAAGAAUCAGUUUCUCAUGAUGACUCCAAAUUCCCUUGGCCGCACUGCUGUUAUCAAAUCCUUCAUUAAAAAAAACACUCCUCUGCAAAAUGAUUCAAGGUCUAGUUCUGGUAUAGUGACAAAAGAGCGUUACAAACUGGAGGCACUUAAGAAGAAGCAGGAGCAAGAGGAGGAAAGAAUGAAGAAGAUGGAGGAAGAGAAGAAAAAGAAACACGAGGAACUUAAAAGGAAGAGGGAGGAGAGACUGAAAAGAGUGUUUGAGGCUAAAGUCAAAGAAGAGCAGAGAGAAGUGGAAAAGAAGAAGAAAAUCGAGCAAAAAAUGAUUCAGAUUGAUGAGAAAAAUGAUAAGCGCCAGGCCGAGGAGAAUAAAAAGAAGAAGUUGGCUGUUAAACGUCAAGAGGACCUGGAGCAGCAGAAGAAGAAGCAGGAAGAGGAGGCUAAAAAGAAGAUUCUGCAAGCCGAGGAAGAGAAGAGGCAGCAGGAAAUACUGGCCAAAAAGGCAGAGGAGGAGGAGCAGAGAGCUCUCAAACUGGCUGAAGCUCGCAGAGCACUGGAGCUUAAGAGAGAGCACGAGCGAGAGAGGCUAGCGGCCGCUGAAAGGGAGCGGGAGGAAAAAGAAAAAGCUCUCGCUCUUCAACGGGAACUGGAGAGAGCUGCGAGAGAGAAGGAGAGGAAAGAACUAGAGGAGAAAAGAAAGGUGCUGGAGGAAAAGAAAAGACUGGAGGAGCAGCUGAGAUUGGCUGCAGAAGAGAAAGCUGCCAAAGAGAGAGAGGCUGCUGCUAAAAAGGCUGCUGAAGCACAGAAGGCUGCUGCUUGCUUGAAUGUGACUGUGGAUAUUGAGCGUAGUGUAAUGACCACGCCUGUAGGAAAAGGUGGUGCCCACAAUGUGACCGUGGAUUUGGAGAAAUCCCCACAGUCAUACUCCAUCACUCCAAAAGGGGGAAACAAACCUACUACAUCCAAAACUGCAGAGGAUUAUGGGAUGGACCAAAACAGUGACGACUCAACUGAUGAUGAGUCUGCGCCCAGGAAACCUAUCCCGUCUUGGGCAGAAGGUCACAAUCUGCAGCAGAGAAUUAUGAAGCAGUACUUCAACCCUCCUGAUUUUGAAUCUUUAUUCGGAACAAUUGAACCACCAAAUCUGGAAAAAAUCUUUUACAAGAGCAAGCCUCGCUAUUUUAAACGCACCAGCUCUGCUGUGUGGCACUCUCCUCCGAUUGGAAGCAAGUAAUGUCUGUUCCAAAUAAAGUCACUUUUUUUUAAUGAGGUUUUUUCUGUUUCAAAGUUUUAGCCGUCAAGCUUUUAGCAAUAAUUGUAUUAGUAUGUAAAAUAUAAUGGAAAUUGUCUCACUGACUUGGACUGGAACAUAGCUGUGUUCUAUAAGUGGGAUAUGAACGUUGGAAGGUUUGUCAAUUUCUCAGUACAAACUUUCAUUUGUAUAAUCUGUACUGACUGUAUAUGAUAGUGGAUUUUUACGUUUGGAAUGUAUUAAGGUGAAUUAAAAUUGUUAAAAUAAAACAAAUCAAGGUUUCA